UCCUGUUUGAUGUGAUAGAUUUAAAAUUUUGAAUUUUGUAACUAAACAAGGGGUUGCACUAUAAAAAGGGGAGGUAGGGUUCUAUAGAAGGUGAUUCAGACGGAGUCAACCACAUACACUCGCUUCCACUCCCAAGCUCAUCUUGUAACACGCACCUUUUACUCCCCAUUUCAAUACAACUCAGAGGAUAGGCAUUACACUUUGGUGGCCUGAACCUCUUUAAAACCCCUGUGUGCUCCUAGACCUUGUGAGCCAUCUUACGCAGCAGCGCCACGUUCCUCGUCUUCUACAUGACACAGGGUGUAAUCGUGCCAUGAGUGUUGGAAACAUCGAUGACAAUCGUCAUCUUAUUCUCCUCACAAGCUAUUAAUUAGUAUAUGUAUGAGGAAUGUGGUCAUUCCAUUAUGCAAGAAGUCCAUUUUAGAACAUUUGGUAUAAGUUUCAUAUUUUUAUGAUUUAAAAUAAAUUAUAUUAUUAGAGAAUAUUUGGUACAAUUUUUUUUAUUUUUAUGAUUUAAAAUAAAUUGAUUUUUUUAAGAUUAAAUAAGGUUUUAUUAUUUUAAAAAUAAUAAACCACCCUCCAAUACCGCCUUCAACAGGGUCUGGGGUGGUAUUCGGCCGAAUUGGUUAGUUUGAGGGCCCAUGUUACCCGGUUUUAUAGUUUAAGGUUGAAAAUCAGACGACCCUCACUGUUCAAGGUUAUAAAAUGAACUUCUCCCUUCCAUUAAUUUCGUGGAAUAUGUUGAUCCACUACAAUCCCUUCAUCUCGUAUAGUCGCAUCGGUGCCGGUAGGGAUGAUACUGGGAUAUAAAAUUUGUACUAAAAAAAUUUAAAGGGGAACCCUAAAAAAAUUAGAUUUGAUUUAUAUUAAUUUUUGAACUUAUUUUUUAAGUUUCUAAACAAAUUAUGAAGGUAGUAUUUUGACUACAGCCUAUUACUGUUAAGAAACUGUAACAGUGGGCUCAUACCAAAUACACUACCGGAAAACCCACGUAUGCCGAGUGCCAGGUUCUUUGCCGAGUGCAGAAUCACGAGCACUCGGCAAAGCUACUAUUUGCUGAGUGCCAAACAACAUGCACUCGGCGAACAACUGGCACUCGGCAGAAUAUCUCUUUGCCGAGUGCCGGCCAGUUGGCACUCGGCAAAGACACAUUUUUCCACGUGCCCCGCACACGCCGUUGCCACGAACGUUCCCAUUUUUUCCACGGCCGUUACCGUUAUUGUUUGCCGAGUGCCAGCUAGGUAACACUCGGCAAAAACAUGAUUCGCCGAGUGUCAGCUUGGGACACUCGGCAAAUAUAUUGUAAUGCCGAGUGCAAUAGACCAGGCACUCGGCAUUUACUAAACUUUGCCGAGUGUCUGCUUUGGCACUCGGCAAACAAAUACAAAAACUUUCUCCAACACCCUCCAAACUUUUUCCUACGUUAUCAUACUAUGUGAAAGAUAUCAUAUUUAAAUUUGGCAAAUUAUCCUUUAUGUUUACUAUAUUUAGAUUAUUUAUUUCAUAACAAGAAUAUUUUGUGGAUAAUUCAAAUUUAAACUGCAAAAUGUUGUCAAAGGUGUGGAUAAUUAAUGGAAAAAUUAUAUUCAUGUUAUUGAGUCAAAUUUGAGGGUUUGUACAAGAAUUUAAAGAAAAACAUCAAACAUCUUAUUCAGAAAACAUAGCAACAAAUUUGUGGCCGAAUAGAUUUUAAAUUCUAUAAAACACAAAUGAAGUCAUAAAAUUAUGAAAUUUGUAGUGAAAUCAUGAUAUCAUAAGUCGAGGCUGUGGAAAAAGUUUAAGAUUUCAAAAAAGUUAUCCCAUACGUUGGUUACAGGAUGAGGAAUCCCGAAGAAAUUCCAAAGACAUUUGAAUGAGUCAGUUAAGUUUUUGUGUCCAACGGACCAUCAAAUUGAGUUAUGACUUCAAAACUUUUUGUGUAGGCAAUGGUCAUGAUGGAUAGGUUUAUGGUAAAUAUUCAUUAUUUUUUAAGGCCAUUUGAUAAUAUUAAAUUUUUUUAGUACUAUGUAAAUUUAAUUUGAACUUCUACUGCAUGAAAUAAUGGAAUUUUUUUGGCUAAAGUAUGUUAAAUUUUUUAUAUACGCAAUAGACCUCAUUAAUUGGUUUAUGUUAAAUUUUGGUUAUUUUUUGAAAUGUUUUCGUAUUUUUUAAUUUUUUUGUCAAAUGUAGAGAAUUAGUUCAUACAACUUGAAAUAUAGCUAAAAGUGAUUAAAAUAAUAUUUCUUUCAUUGAAGCAUGAUAUAUUUGUUUGAAAUAUAAGUUUAGUAAUGAAAUGUUGAAUUAUAUUCAAACAAAUAUGUUUAAAUAAAUUUUGAAUUGAAGAAUUUUGAAAUGAAAUCCUAGCUUUGCCGAGUGCUUCCAGGUUGGCACUCGGCAAAGCGGUCGCGUCUUUGCCGAGUGCCAGAUCAGGGUACAAGACCCUGAACCAUGAAGAGUGGCGUCGUAUCAUGCUUUAUUUGUUGACCAACCUUUCUGAGGUGGAGCCGUACAUAGGGUAAUUUCUUCGUCAAUUCUGGCGUCGCUCAAGGUCUCCGACCCAGAACGAAUCAGAGUCUCUUCUUAAAAAUGGCGCCGGAAAUUCUCAACCCGAUUUCAUUUAUUGGUUGCAACAAAAGGCGCAAACCAAUUUGUCCAUGAGUGCCGAGUUGAGACAAGUAGCUGAUGGAUUUAACUAUAGGGUUAAGUCAUUUAACGUUUAUGACGUGAAUGGAUAUCGCCUUCACACUAAUACUGGAGUCUUUACGCCAGGCCAAGAUGGGGUCGAGUAUUAUGGAAGACUUGAAGAAAUAUACGAACUCAAGUUUCAAGGUUAUUGAUUCGAAAUGCCAGGCGGGGGCAAGAUUGGUUUCCUGAGCGCCUUGUACAGGAGUAGUGGUGGAGAGCAAGAGGCUCCUGAGGGGUCCAGUGCAGCAGGGGGGUCCAAUGCCUCAGAGGGGUCCAGGAGGCGUUGGGGACGAGGGCUAGGGAGAACAAGAGGAGGUAAGACAGGUGGUGGAGGACGAGAAGGAGCAGGAGGGAGAGGACACCUCCAGAUUUGACGACGGCGGCGGCGGCGGAGGAGGAGAAGGAGGAGGACGAGGAGGAGCAGGAGCGGGACCAGGAGGAGCCGAGACAGGAGGAGGAGGAGGCAGCAGGAGAUACGAGGGCGGUGUGGUUGCGAAGACCGUCGCAACUGCCGCAGCGGCCGAUACCUCUUGCGAGACUCCCGAUGAUUCGACCCGUACCGGACAGGUAUUGGAUGCGCGUGCAGGCGGGUGCCCUCAAAAGGAAGCCCAACUGCAUCCUAGGAACCCUAUGCAGGGAGCUCUUCCCUGGGCUGGUGAAGCAUGCCGGUAUUCUGGAGCCGGCAUACACGUGGGAAAUGUCAUCCACUUUGCUUCCAUUACGUGUAGGUGCCUCCGAACUGGUGCGCCGACAAGGGCGCGUGCUGGGAAAUGAUGGUGGACAUGUGGCUUAGCGAGGAGUGGAUUCAGCGGCACAACUUAUGCCGGGAGCGCCGCUUGUUGAUGCAAGGUGGGCCACACCAUCAAGGCAGCCGAGGCCUUCCCGAGUACAGGGAUGUUUGGUCAGAGUCAUAUGAAGACCAGGAAUGCAACAACUUCCACGCAUACUGUAUGGCGCACAAGGGCAGGGCGAUGUCCGACGUCUCCUACAACCCGGCGGAUCCACUCGAGGCGUACAGCAACCCGAGCGUCCACACGCGCAUCACUGAGUACACGGAGAUGGGAAAGGCGCUCCAUGGGGACACAUGGGAUCCGGCCACCCAGCCCCUUUCUGGAGAAGCCAUCAUGAGGGCAGGAGGAGGGAAGAAGCACGGCCGUUACUGGAUCGCCAACAGCCUUGUCGACACAGCCAGUACGCCGACUCUCUGCCAGCUUCGGGCAAGGACCACCGACUCGACCCCGCCAAUACGCCCACGGCCUGAGACUUCAGUGGCUAGCGCCCGGAUGGACGAAGAGACGAAGAGGCAGGAGGAGAUCGAGGCGAGGCUGGAGGAGGAGCGGACGCUAAGGCAGGAGCAAGAGCGCAGGUGGCAGGAAGAGCGGAUGCAGGAGCGACAGAGGAUGGAGCAGGCGCUUCUUGCUGAGCGACAGGCCGCGCAACAACAGAUGCAGACCAUGUUCUCAUACCUCCAAGGCCUUGGCGCGAUAAUCAACUAUCAACCGCCGCCAACGAUGCCCUGGCCUCCACCACCGCUGCCACCGCUAGGCCUUCCUUCUAUCUUUCCUCCAUCUGGCACUACAGGCACUCCUAAUCAAACGAUUGGGGGGUCAAAUGAGCCUCCGGACGAGCAUUCACCGGCACCGGCAGCGUCGCAGUGGCCACCUAGUUGAUUUAGAGUUGUUUAUGAUAUUUGUUCUAUAGACUUGUUAUUGUGGGACUAGACUUGUUUAAUUAGUUGGACUUGUGCUUGUUGAACAUUACAUUUAUGGCAUCGAUGUUGGACUUAUGCUAUUUGUGAUAUUCGUGCGACGUAGUGUGAGAUAUUUGUGUUAUUAUGUGAUAUUUGUGAUGGAUGUGCCUUAUAUAUACUAUAUUGCUUGUCUGGAAUGUAUAUAUGCUUUCUUUGUGA